GCUGCUCACUGGCCGAAGAAGAAUAUCCCGGAAGUAGGUGGAUGCAGGCGCUAGUUAGCCAGCUACUUCACUUCAAAAUACUGAUAAAAUAUGUCCAUAUGCCAUUUCUGAUACGGUUGUGAUUGGCAUAGACAUUCUGUCAAAAAAUAUUAUGUAACUCUAACGAGCUAGACGCGAGGAGGCACAAAACAACUUUGGUAACUUCGCUUGUUUAGCUAACAAGUUAGCUGUCAAAUAGUUUCACAACUGACCCGACCCCGUUCUGAGGUGACAGUUGGUUUCAGUGGAAAUUUCUCCAAACCCCAAAGUCUACUGAAGAACUGUUGGGUCGAUUCACGAUGGAUGAGGACGGUGAUGGCAGAUCCAGCCUGUCUAACUCCUGUCCCACUCGACCUAAACCCACACAGUCACCAGUUCCUGUCAGGAACCAGAGAACACUGCAGGGUCCCAAGCUGCUAAAAGUUGACUGGGAUUCUCUUUUUAGAGAGAUACAACCUCCAUCAGGAGCAGCUAAACAACACCAGGAGAAUCAGCAGAAACCAAAGACAUUUCACGCCUGUCCAGUGUGUGGAAGACACUGCCAAAAGUUAUCCAUACUGCAGAUCCACAUGAGAAUCCACACAGGAGAGAAGCCGUACCCCUGCCCCGACUGUGGCAAAAAGUUCGCUCACCUGGGAGCCAUGAGACGACACCACCUCACACACACGGGAGAGAAGCCUUACUCCUGCUCUGUGUGUGGGAAGAGUUUCACCCAAUCGGGACAUCUGAAAGAGCACCAACAGUCUCACUCCGGAGAGAAGCACCACUGUCUGAUCUGUCUGAAACAGUAUAUCAGAGCAGAAGAUCUGAAGAUUCACCACAGAGUUCACACGGGAGAAAGGCCCUACCGCUGUGCAGAAUGUGGCAAGAGCUACAUCAGAUCAAAGAAUCUCCGGGCUCACAAGCUGACUCACCAGAGGACAGGAGGUGGUGGUAAAAGUGACAGGGAGAGGGAGAUGGCAGCUACUAUCCAGGUGAACGUGAAGGAGGAGGAAGAAGAGGAAGAGGUUGGUGGUUUCAUCAAUGCUGAAGGAGAGGAAGUUGGCUGGAGUUUCCCUGAUCUCAGAGAGGGUCCUGUCCAUGGCUCUGGUAGUGAAGAAAGUCCUCCUACAUCAGACAUCAACAAGGAUCCUGGUGACCAAUCCAGCACCAAAGCUAUAGAGUCCCAGGGUCCUGAUCCAAGACAUGAGGAGGACAUCACUCCAACACCUGGGAUGAACAUUCAUAUUGAAGAAGAGGAGGAAGUGAAAGAGGAGGAUGAAGUUGGUGGUUUCAUCAAUUCUGAAGGAGAAGUAUUUGACUGGGAUUCUGUUCAACAUAGAGAGAGCCCUAACUGUGGCUUAGACAGCAAAGCGAGUCCCGCUACAUCAGAACAUCCUGAACACCAGGAGAGUCCCAAACCUAAGACGUCCCACUGCUGCUCAGUGUGUGGCAGAGAGUGCUACAAGCUUUCGGUACUACAGAUCCACAUGAGAAUCCAUACGGGAGAGAAGCCGUACCCCUGCCCCAACUGUGGCAAGAAGUUCGCUCACCUGGGAGCCAUGAGACGACACCUACUCACACACACGGGAGAGAAGCCUUACUCCUGCCCUGUGUGUGGGAAGAGUUUCACCCAAUCAGGACAUCUGAGGGAGCACCAGCAGUCUCACAGUGGAGAGAAGCCUCACCUGUGUCUGGUCUGUGGGAGAGGGUUCUCUAGAGCGUCAGACCUCAGGAUACACCACAGAGUUCACACAGGGGAGAGGCCGUACAGCUGCGACUACUGUGGGAAGAGAUACGGCCGCUGUCAGAAGCUACGGGCUCACCAGCGAACGCACCACAGUGACAGGACCCACGCUGAUACUGGAGAGGAGACGGAGUGAAUAACCAGGAGGCUUUGAACGUAAGACAUGAUAAGCUUAGUAUUCCUAUAGGUGAUGUUAGCUGGCUGGACA